GCUUCACGCGCGCUCUCAUCUAACUAUACACAAACGUAUGCAAUUGCGCUAAGGAAAGUGCUGCACAAUUUUACCCCUUUAAAAAUGUUAUGUAGGUUUUCCUCAGGUAUUUCUCAACGAUUUGCUCUUUUGUAAUGAAAUGACUCACGUCACGUUUUAAUAUUAUUCUAAGUAUCGUCAUCGUAGGUUAUUAGUCGUACGAUUCUGUAACACGUGAAUCCACGUGAAUACGUUCUCAAUUUAUACUCUUACACGAUACAGUUAACGCUGUGCUGAAAUAGAUAUUAUGGAACUCGAAUCUAAGAUUAUAACUAAGAGCGUGAGAAAACAAAAGCGUGCAUACUACAGGCUUAUGAGGGAUAUGAAUAUUAAAUGUUGCGACAAACCUACCAAAAAUAUACUGAUUUGCAAUGCAGGCUUAUCCACUGGCUUAGAUAAAGAAAUGCUGCAGAAUAUUAUUUCACCUAUAAUAUCUAAUUGCGAAUUUAUCAUGCCACUAGGACGUACUUAUUGUUUCAUUAAAUGUUCAUUAGAAACUGAUGCUAUUCAAUUGUACAAUAAAAUACAUGGACGCUUUAAAUUGAAUGGUCAAAAUACACCACUGUAUUUAACGUAUACUGAAUCAGUACCUGAUUUAAAUAAGGAUACACCCGAUUCUAUAUUGCCACCUGGUCUGAAAGUAAUAGAAGAUUUUGUAAGCGAAGAAGAAGAGAAGUCUUUAUUGAAUAUAAUUGAUUGGACAGAAGAUGGACCUUUUUCAUCUGAUCUAAAACAAAGAAAAGCUAAACACUUUGGAUACGAAUUUCAAUAUCAUUCGAACGAUGUUAAUCCUAAUACACCAAUUAUUCCAAUUCCGGAAGAAUGUAGAUUUUUACAGGAUAGAUUUAAAAAACACGAAUGUGGAGCAUACGAUUAUGAUCAGCUUACUAUCAAUCGUUAUUUACCUGGUCAAGGAAUACCUCCACACAUUGACUCACAUAGUCCUUUCAAUAAUAUUAUACUUUCUUUAUCAUUGGGUUCUUCAUGUAUUAUGAAUUUUAAAAAAGAAAAUGCGAAAGUCAAUGUUGUUCUACCUCGUCGUUCAUUGUUAGUUAUGACUGAUGAAGCACGUUAUGCCUGGAUGCAUGGAAUUUCUUCAAAGCAUAGCGAUUUAAUUGAAACUCCAAAUGGAAUGGUAAAACAAAUGCGAGGUAUAAGAACUUCAUUCACAUUUCGAAAAGUACAAAGAGGUCCUUGUACUUGUAAGUUUGUUGAAUACUGCGAUUCAAAUAAAAACUCUUUUUCUUCUUCUAUAAACAAUAAGUCGGCAAUGGAAUUAGAACAAUUUUAUGUACAUAAAGUAUACGAUGAAAUCUCAGAUCACUUUAGCGAAACUCGAAGCAAAGGCUGGCCUAAUGUAAUCAAGUUUUUAAACAGUUUAAACGACGGCUCAUUAAUAGUAGAUGUUGGUUGUGGAAAUGGGAAAUAUCUUCAAACCAAUGAACAUAUUUUUAAAAUUGGUUGCGAUCGAAGUUCUAAGUUAACAGAAAUAUGUAGAAAAAGAAAUUUCGAAGUACUCCUAUCCGAUUGCUUGCAUUUACCAUACAAAGACAAUUCAGUAGACGGUGCAAUAAGUAUCGCUGUUAUUCAUCAUUUGUCGACUGAACAAAGAAGAAAAAAAGCAAUCUCUGAAAUGAUACGCAUACUCAGACCCUAUGGUAAAUGUUUGAUCUAUGUUUGGGCGAAAGACCAGAACAAAAAUUCCAAGCAAUCCAAUUACUUAAAAUAUAAUACUAAUAAGAGAAAUGAUAAUGAUAAUAAUGCAUGUACAUUACAAAAAACUGAACAAAAUUUGUUACUUCCUGUACAUAGAAAUCGAACAGAAUUUACUCACAGCGAUAUGCUUGUACCUUGGAAAAAGAAAAGUGGUGAUCAUUUUCUCAGGUAUUAUCAUCUUUUUGAAGAAAAUGAAUUGUCAAUGUUAUGUUCAGAGAUUCCUCUGGUUUCGAUCAAUGAUACUUACUAUGAUCAAGGUAAUUGGUGCAUAAUUUUAGAGAAGAAUAUAUAGUUGUGUACAAAAAUAAAGAUACUAAAUAAAAUUGUUUUUGAUUUUAUA